AUGGCGGCAGUGGUGCCCCGAUGGCGCCUGGGGUGCCUGGCCGGUGUCAGGCACUUCGGGGCGCUGCCAAGUAACAGCGAGUACUUGAACAUGAUCCUCAACGCCAAGGUUUACGACGUGUGCAAGCGGACGGACCUGCACUUUGCGCCCAGUUUGUCGAAGCUCACUGGGAACCGGGUCUUUCUGAAGCGUGAGGACACCCAGAGCGUCUUCAGCUUCAAGAUCCGAGGGGCCUACAACAGGAUCGUGGCUCUGAGCGCGGAGGAGAAGGCGCAGGGCAUUUGCGCCUGUUCCGCAGGGAACCACGCCCAGGGCGUCGCCUUCUCUGCGGCGGCGCUGGACGUGUCGGCAAAGAUCUUCAUGCCACAGACCACGCCCAACAUCAAGGUGGACGCCGUGAGGAGGUUCUCAAACGAGAAGUCGGAGGUGAUCCUGGUUGGCGACAACUACGACGCCGCGUACGCUGCGACCAUGGAGUGUAUGCGCAACGAGGGCCGCGUUCUGGUGCACCCGUUCAACGACCCCCUGGUGAUUGCUGGCCAGGGCACCAUUGGCAAGGAGAUCUUGGAGCAGACCACCAAGGAGGACGUGGAGGCCGUCUUCUGCUGCGUGGGCGGGGGUGGGUUGCUGGCCGGGGUCGCCUCCUUCCUGAAGGCGGUGAAGCCCUCUAUCAAGGUCAUCGGAGUGGAGGCGCACGACAGUGCGGCCAUGACGGAGAGUCUGAAGGCGCAGAAGGUGGUGGAGCUGCCAACAGUGGGUCUCUUUGCAGAUGGCGCUGCAGUGGCGAAGGUGGGGGACGAAACUUUCCGCCUCUGCCAGAUGCAUGUGGACGACAUGAUCACCGUCUCCACGGACGAGAUUUGCGCUGCCAUCAAGGACUCCUUCAAGGAUACCCGCGUGGUGCUGGAGCCCGCCGGCGCCCUUGCCACGGCCGGGCUCAAGCGCUACGCGCUGAGCGGCCGGGCCACAGAGGGCCGGUGCCUGGUGGCGGUGAGCAGCGGUGCCAACAUGGACUUCGACCGCCUGCGCUUCGUGUCGGAGCGUGCCGACACCUCUGAGACGCACAUCGCUGUGAAUAUCCCGGAGAAGGCUGGCGCCUUCAUUGACUUCUACCGCCUCAUCUUUCCUCGCAAUGUCACGGAGUUUGCAUACAGGAUCAGCGGCGACCCGGCCAGCAUCUUCAUGAGCUUCCAGGCUAAGUCGGAGGAGGACCGGGCGGCAGCGCUGGAGGCGCUGCGCGGCGCGGGCUAUGACUUCUUGGACCUCAGCCAAAACGAGUUGGCGAAGACCCACGGGCGCUCCCUCAUAGGCGGUCGCGCGCCCCCAGAGCUCACUAGCGAGGAGGGGCUUUUCAGUUUCGAGUUCCCCGAGAAGCCUGGGGCGCUCAUGAGGUUUUUGGAGCAGCUGCCCUCAGACUUCAACGUGUCCCUCUUCCACUACCGCGGCCAUGGCGCGGACGUGGCCCGAGUGCUGGUGGGCAUUCAGGUGCCCGGGAAGAGCCGGGCGGGCUUCCGGGACUACUUGGCCUACCUGGUGUCCAAGGGCUACUCCUGGAAGGAGGAAACGCAGAACGACAUCUACACGCGGUUCCUGCUGGAGACAUCAGAGGUCAACACCAGCGGGCGCAAGCGGCCCUUCCCGCCCCCGCUGACGCUCACCGGGUCCUCGGUGACGGAGCCCUGUUCAUCCAAGGCGGUGCUUCCGCAACGGACGGGCGCGAUCCCAAAGCGGGAUGGUUUGGGUUUGGCGGGCGGGAAGGUCAAGGCCUUCUACCUGGCCCUGCACAUCCUGAAUUGGUAUGACGCUGUGCCGGAAAACCUGGACAUCCUCCUCACCGAGAGGGACUUUGAGGUGGAGGACUACGGAGUGCCGGUCUUCACAGACAUGCGCCCUGCCUCCGUGAAGCCCGGCCAGCUCAUCCGCUUCCCCCAUGAGCCUGGCGCCGCAAUGCCGUCGGUGAGAGCGCUGCUCUUGCUGCUGGCCCUGGCUGAGGCCGAGGGGUUGGACGGGGAGAAGGGCAGAGCGAAGAGUGGGCACUGGUGGGAGACGGAGGUGAUGUACCAGAUCUACCCGCGGUCCUUCCAAGACUCCAACGGCGACGGCACCGGGGACCUGAAAGGCAUUGAGCAGCGCCUGCCGUACCUCAAGGAGCUGGGGGUCGGCUUCCUGUGGCUGUCGCCGGUGAUGAAGAGCCCCAUGAUGGACUUCGGCUACGACAUCGCGGAUUUCCAUGCAGUGGACCCCCUCUUUGGGUCAAUGCAGGAUAUGAAGGACCUUAUUGCCGCGGCCGAGAAACUGGGCAUCAAGCUCCUCAUGGACUUUGUGCCCAACCACAGCUCCAACGCGUCCGAGUGGUUUAAGGAGUCGCGAUCCUCGAAGACAAGCCCCAAGCGCGACUGGUACAUGUGGCACCCAGGGGUGGUGGUGGACGGGGAGCGGCGGCCCCCCAACAACUGGGCCUCCAACUUUGGGGGCGGCUUGGGCUCCUCUUGGACCUGGGAUGAGAAGACGGAGGAGUACUACUACCACGCCUUCGGCGAGUUCCAGCCGGACCUCAACUACCGCAACCCAGAGGUUGUCGAGGCAAUGAAGGAGGUGCUGCGCUUCUGGCUGGAUCUCGGCGUGGGAGGCUUUCGCAUCGACGCGGUGCCCUUCCUCCUGGAGGACCCUGAGCUGCGCGACGAGGCCUUCGAUGCCGCCUGUGCAAAGACGCAGCCGAUCUGGAACUGCAUGGUGCACAACUACACCCAGAACGACCCCAAGAACCAUGAGAUCAUCCAGGGCUGGCGGGAGACGGUCGACCAGUACGGUGAGCGCGUGAUCUUUGGGGAAAUCUAUGCACCGCUGAAAGACCUCAUGGAGUACUACGGCACCCCUGAGAAGCCCGAGUUUAACGUGCCAUUCAACUUCGAGGUGCUGGGCCAGAACUACGGGCAGCCCAACGACCUCAGCGUGGCCAAGGUGGUCCGCGACGCCGUGCGCAGCUACGCCGAAGCCCUGCCGGACUGGUGCCAUGGAAAUUGGGUGCUGGGCAACCACGACAACCACCGGCUUAUGCAGAGGCUGCGGAACAACACUCGGCUGGCCACCACGGUCUACGCCUUCUUCAACUUGUUACCUGGUACGCCCGUCGUCUACCAGGGCGACGAGAUCGCCCAGCGGGAUCUUUUCAUCCCGUAUUCCUUGUGCCGCGACCCCAUGUGCCUCAAGAACCCCGAGAUGUUUGCCACUACUGGCCGCGACCCGGAGCGUACGCCCAUGCAGUGGACACCAGGCUUUCAAUCUGGCUUCUCCACUAGCAAUCGAACCUGGUUGCCCGUGAACCCCGACCAUGUGACGGUGAAUGUGGAAACAGAGGCCAAGGCGUCGACCUCGCCUUUGUCGGUGAUGCGGUCCACGUUGGCCUGGCGCAGCAGACACCCCACGCUGUCCUUGGGCAGCAUCACGGAGGUGCCAGGAGACUUGGGCCAGCUCAAUCAAGAUUUGGUCGUGGCGAAGUACACGAUGGGCGAUGAGACAACAACAGCAGCGACAGUGGCCAACUGGAACCCGUCGCAGGUCCUGAGCGUGGACCUGCAGGCGCUGCUGGAGGCGCAGCGCGUGGGGGAAGCACGGCAUCGGGCCAGCAAGGUGCAGCUUGCGUUUUCCACCGCCUCGCGGGAGGAGGUAGACGUGAAAGGCCUCACCCUUGCCCCCGGCGAGGUGGUGGUGGUGACCUACACCUCGGGCAAAGUCUUGGUGCCGAUCAUUGCGUGA